AUGGCCCAUGCACACCUCGACUAUGAAAAAAACACAACAGCUCUCCCAGUAGGCGCUGCCAAACGAGCCAAGCCAAAAUUCGACGACUUGGCGGGGUACGAUGUGUCAGAGGAGGAGGAAGAAAAGUUGUGGGAGCUGGAGGCGACAAGACUUCUCCAGGUGGUCGAGAAUCCGGAGGAGCCACUGCAGUUCUCGCACGACAAUGUCUGUGCCGGCACCGAGUCGAAAGACAUAUACCAAGCGAUUGCGGCUUUGUCUAACCAGCUUCUCGUGAACCUCCACACUUGCAGGCAUGAUAACGAGCUGGUCAUGAUGCAAUUCGGCGCCAAAGACCACGAUGCAUCCGCAGAACUAAGCAGCCGAUCAAUUCUGGAGAAGCGGCUCGACGAGCCAGAGCGACCGCCUGGACUUGCCGACAAGGCGAAUCGAUCGAAGCAGUUCGUACUGAGCUAUUUCGCGCUCCUCGACUACAUCACAGCUGUGUUGGCGCGAUGGGUAACGCUGGCCGCGGAUAGCGAAUCAUGGCAGACGGGUACCUUGUGCGGCCUCAGCAAAUAUUCGGCAAAGAUGAAGAUCUUGGUGCGGGAUUGGGAGGGGUAUGCCUUGCGAUCUCUCUCGCGGGCCAAGCGCAUCACGACAGAGAAGAGUGUGCUCAAAGCCUUUGGCCUGACCGACGGUGACGCCGAGCAAGAAGCGGCCCCGACGCGGCCUGCACUGCAGCAAGGGCGAACAGGGUGGGCCGGAGCUGACCUGCCGCUAUGGAGCCAGACCAGCUCAAAUUCAAAACGCGAAAAGGAGCUCGAGGCAUUCCUGGAAGCGGACGAGCCUGUGACGAGCAUGUUCUUCUCCGAGAUGGCCUUUAUCAACUACUGGACCUCGUCUGCUUUGUUAUCGAUCCUCCAGGCCCUUAAGCCCGGAUCUCGGUCCGGACACGCGCCCGAUGCCUUCGAUAUUUCGUCGCUCGUGUACAGGGCGGGGACGCUUGACAGUGCCAUGCCGACAUUCAUCCACCAGGACAGGGGCGGCGAGAUAUUAGGUUCAAGUAGACCCGACUUCCUCAAGAAUGCCUAUCCCGGCUUCCGCCUCGUCCAGCAGGCCGUCACAGGCCUGAAAAGCAACCCGGCGAGCAACGUCGACCCCAAUAGGAAAACCUUUGACGCUGAUCCGAGGCGUACCGGAACGAUUGUGCUCGUCCAACUUGAGGAAGGCGCAACAGCUGGCGAUACAGAAGCCCAAGAAAUACACCUCGCGACGCCUUCGCAGGUUAUUACCGUGAUGGUGCCACUGCUGUGUACCAUUCCCGGAAUUAUCAACGACCUAGGGUAUUCUCUUAGCCGACUCAGCGAGCUGUACCACAUCGACAUGGAAGAGAGCCUUAGUUCCCGUGCUCCAGAGUAUACCGCAAUCGCUUCAAUUAGGACGAAGAAAUUCGAAACGCAGAGCAACUCCUUCGCCCCCGGCGCCGAUUUCAGAUCACUUUCUCGGUCCAUGGUGGCAACGAGUGAUCGCUACGCCGCUCGCUCCAAGCCAUCGGCUAACACAAACGCGUGGCAUAGCACCUCGGCAGAGCAAAAGGAAUUGGUCUUGCUCAAGGCUCGUCAGCGCCGAGAGAAGCUGGUGCAGGAGGGGCGGAUGUGGGACAUAGAGGAAAGUUCCGUGAGUAUUAAAUGCGCAAAAUACGUGUACACCGUCCUUGUCUCCUGCGGGGCCAUCGUGAUCGGGGGCCUCAUGGUGGGAAUUUUCAUGGGCGAAAGAGAAAGCGGCGCAUUGCAGGGAGUAGACCCUUUCAACAUAGCCUCCUUCUCCUGGGUACUUGCCGGUUUCAUAAUCCUGCUAGCCAAGAGUAUCCGCGUCAACGAGUGGCCUUGGAGGGAUUUCUUGCUGGGGCGGGUCACUUGUCGAAGUUUGAGCGAGCUGCGAGCGGUGACGGGGUCGGACGAGCAAGAUUUGAUUCACUACCUGUUGACCAAGGAGGCGGAAAACGUACUCAUCGCCAAGGGCCCCUACAACCAAAUGUUUGUCAGGAAGGGCGAUGGCGGAUUCUCGAUCGAUGUGAAGCCCGAGAUUCGCACGCUGAUGGCGUGCGGCGUGAUAUUCGUCAAGGUCGCGUCGCUCCGAGGCACAGCAUUGGUCUGCCUCGAUUUCCGGAGGGUCGGAGAGGAGGGACAUCCGAACAGGCAUCUUGCACGACGACAAGAUCUGUCAGGCAUACCUCUCAAACAGCACAACCGGCUCACCAUGCAGAAACCUAAGAAUGGGGACCAUUUUGAGUUCAUCGUUGUGGGUGGAGGUACCGCCGGAAACGUUGUCGCUGGCCGAUUAGCCGAAAACACCAAUGCUAGCAUUCUCGUCAUCGAGGCGGGACGUGGAGAUCCUGAGAAUGUGGAGAUGAUCACUACCCCCUCGUCUGCGAUGGACCUGCGCGGAUCAGAGUACGACUGGGCUUACAAAACAACGAUGGUUAGGCGAGAAGAUUACGAGCGAAUCGAAAAGCCAAACACGCGCGGCAAGGUCCUCGGAGGCAGCUCAUCCCUCAACUACUUCACGUGGGUGCCCGGUUGUAAGUCGACAUUCGACAAGUGGGCAGAAUUCGGCGGGGAAGAGUGGUCUUGGGACCCGCUCGUUCAUUACCUUCGCAAGAGCGCCACAUACCACGAUGAUCCUGGCCUGUAUUCUCCGGAAUUUAAAAAGUUAGGGUUAGGCGGACCUCUUGAUAUCUCCCACGCCGAGCUCCUAGGCGAUCUGGAUGAUUUUCGAAAGCGAGUCACGAGUGCUUGGGAGUCUCAAGGCCAUAAAGUGGAGGAUAAUAUUUACGACGGAGAGAUGAAUGGUCUCACACACUGUUGCGAUACUAUUUACCGCGGUUACCGCACUGGCUCAUACCUUUUCAUCAAGGAUAAGCCCAACGUGACGGUUUUGGAUAACACGUACUCGAAGAAGCUUCUCAUUGACGCUGACCGGCAAGUCAAAGGGAUCAGUGUCAUUGGGCCCAACACUGGCCAGGAGCAGACCUUUUACGCCACGCGGGAGGUAGUUAUCUCCCAGGGUGUUUACGAGAGUCCUAAGCUUCUCAUGUUAUCCGGAAUCGGACCUAAAAACCAGCUCACGCGCUAUGCUAUCGAUACCUUGGUGGAUUCGCGUCAUGUCGGUCAAAAUAUGGUGGACCAUCCUGGUGUUCCUUUUGUCCUUCGAGUCAAGGAUGGCUACGGCACUGAUGAUCAUCUGCUGCGCAAGGGUGCCAAGUUUGACGCUGCAGUGAAGCACUACGAGGACAGUAAAUCUGGCCCCAAAGCCUCGGGCCUUCUCGAACUCGUUGGCUUCCCGCGCAUCGACGAAUACUUGGAGAAGGACCCAGUGGAGGUAACGCUUCAGAGCAAUGAUCCCUUGGUGCAACCUGCCAUCAACCUAAACUUCUUUGCCGAUGAUCUAGACAUCAUUGCUGUGCGUGAAGGGAUCAGAUUCUCUUACGACAUACUCACCAAAGGAGAAGGGUUCAAGGACAUUGUGGUUUCCGAAUACCCCUGGGACAUGCCGUUGGAUGAUAACAAGGCCAUGCACCACGCUGUUCUCGACCGUUGCCAAACGGCGUUCCACCCAACCGGCACCUGCCGGCUUUCAAAGGACAUUUCCCAAGGCGUUGUGGAUCCCAAAUUAAAGGUUCACGGUGUUAAGGGCCUCCGCGUCAUUGAUGCUUCGGUUAUCCCCAUCAUUCCAGAUUGCCGUAUUCAAAAUUCGGUGUAUGCUAUUGGUGAAAAGGGAGCGGAUAUGAUCAAAAACGCCCACCACGACCUAUAUACCUAG